AUGUCACCGGCGCUAAGAUUGCGGUAUCUCGCCGUACUUGGUCGCUGGUGUCCGGCACAGGCUUCGGUACACGCGUUUGCGGACAUGAUGGAGCGUUGGCCGCUAUUUACAAGAGACGAAGGCCGCAGAAAACUGUUAGACGAUCUCGGCGUAACAAUGGCAUAUUGGCUCAACUCUUUCCAGCACAAUGGUAACCUUACAUUGCUUUAUGUACGAGCCCGUAUGGCCCGAAUGAUGACUUUAGAGAUGCAUCACAUCAUUCGCCAGUUGGCUAGCAUACAUGCAGUGUCCGUCGAUAGAGAGAAGAUCCUGUGUGAGAUUGAUCUUAGACGUUGGACUAAGAGUACAGUAGAAGCGUUAGCUUCAAUCCGUUACGAGCACUACGUUGGGAAAUACGACCAGCGCCAGGAGCGCAUAGUUUCCGCUUAUUUCUCGGUCUUAGUGUCUUGGCAGGCGCCUUCAGCUGACGAAGCUCAUUUCCCAGCAGGAGACGAUAAUGAACGCGCCCAACAGCCAAGCUUCCGUCGGUGGGUGUACAUGGAGGAACAGCUCGUGCGUUGUUUGUUACUCCUGCUCAUCGAUCAGCAUGUUGCUGACACUGGUCAGACGCGGGAAGAUAUUAUCUGUCAUCUGGUUCAGGAAGAGUCGUUCCGUUUCUCAGUUUCGGAAGAUACCUUCGAUCUGCUGUACAAUAAAUCUGUACGACAGACAGCAGCCCGAGUCGCAACUGAAGAGGCGUAUGAGCAGGUGUGGAAGAUUGACUGCAACGCAAUUGCACUGAUAUACGAUGUGGCCGCAGCAAUUGAUGCACGUCUUCUUGUGCCGCCUUCACCCAAUUCCCCAACUCAGUGGGCCCGUCUUAUCGCACGGCCUCCAGCGCCGUUUAAUACGGCGCACUUUAACUCAGUACUGUUCCCAAAACUUAG